AGCAUGACCUCAACAGAACUAAUAGACUUCAUGGGAAACGAGCGCUCGAUAAAAUACCCAAGACAGCUGGUUCACUUGGAACCUUGAGGCCUUCUCCGGCAAUAACUCUACUGGAGACGGCAACUGUAAUGGAUGCCGCACGUCUAAUGGCAGUAAAUAGAGCAACGGCGGUACUUGUGGUAGAUGAAAGUGACAGGUUGAUAGGAAUUGUCACGGACAAGGAUUUGUCUUUUAGAGUGUGUGCUGAAGGUCUCAAUCCUAAUGCAACGGCUCUAGCACAAAUAAUGACGAGGGAUCCGGAUUGUGUCACCAUAUCAUCAAAUGCGACUGACGCUCUAAAUCGCAUGGUAUCAGGUGGAUUCCGACAUUUGCCAAUUCUUGAUGAUUCCGGAGAUAUCAUAGGGUUGCUCGAUAUUACCGAAUGCUUGCUUCAUGCUCUCGCCAGGCUUGAAAAGGCAGAUGCAACAACGAGGCAGUUAUUUGCAGUGCUGGAUGACGUCACUGGCAAAGAUUCCUUGAAUAAGAUUGAUUUCUCGACCAUGGCAACAACUAUCAAAGAAUAUCUUUGUUUCCCUAAGUUGAGUUCCGUUAUGGAUCCAUCUAGGACUCUUCCAGAGAUUUCCAUUAAAAAAACAGUGCUGGAAGCUGCUCAACACAUGAAGGAACAUCAUCAAACAGCUGUUUUGGUUGUAGACGACAACAACAAGCCAGUUGGGAUCUUCACGACCAAGGACAUAGUAACUAGGAUAUAUGGGCAAAACUUUGAGCCAUCAAAUACUUCAACGAUAAGAGUGAUGACACCAAACCCAGAUAUGGUCUCAACAGAUACUACAAUUUUGCAGGCUCUCCGACAAAUGCAAGAUGAGCGCUACCAACAUUUGCCUUUGAUCAAUAACAAAAAAAUUGUGAUUGGGAUAGUUGAUAUUCUGCAACUCACUUAUUCUACACUGAAUACUCUGAAAUCGUUGAAUGGUGAACAGGUUGAAGACGGAGUAGUUUGGAACAAAUUCUGGAAUUCAAUGACCCCUGAAGAUCCAAGAUCUGAAGAACCUAAAUCUGAUGAUUCAACAUCGGAACCGCCCCCUAAUGAAAAUUCUAUGAUCACUGGUUUAGUCGAGAAUCCGAUAAUUAAACAGAGGGCACCGUCAACAUCUAUCCUAACCCCACCUUCUACCGAGAAUACAAUUCCAUCUAGUCCAUCCAGAAGAAACUCUCGUGCUUCUAGGCUUGAAGAGGGUGCAUUCAUUUACAAGUGUAAGUACGAAAAAUCGAAGGAAUCGCACCGAUUCACCUCCAAAACACAAAAAUUUUCGGAAUUAUGCAAACAAGUUCGAUCAAAGAUGAAUAUAAGUAAAGAUUCCGAAUUCGUCGUCAGCUACAUGGAUGAUGAAAACGAUAAGAUCAUGCUGUCUUCGGAUGAUGAUCUUGCGAAUGCCAUUGAAUUAGCCAGAUCACAAAAUUCACCAAUGGUUCGAUUGUUUGUUGAGGUGAAAUCGAACGAAAGUUCAAACGAAAUCAAGCAAUCCGAAGAAAGUGAUGACAUAACGUGUUUAUCAUACCCACCCUCUCCACGACGAUUAUCACCCAGGUUAUCGAAUUCAGAUGCGACAACAGCGGCGACUAUCGGAGGAUUUCUCACCAUAGGCGUUGCCAUUGGUGUGGGGGUAAUGUGGGCCGCAAAAUCCAAAUGA